UGCAAAAGUGAUCAUUGCACUCACUUUCUCUCUCUUCUUCAUUUCUCAGGUUUCAUCUGAUUUCAAGAACAAUGAAGAAACAAGCCAUGGUUUUGGCAGAGGGGGAGACAGCAGAAAGCUAAUGCAAAACUUGGUUGUCGACCUCUCAACGUACUUCAAAGAUCGGCUAAUUUCCCGCACUCCCGCUUCCGCUUUGGCUCCUGCUCCGGCUCCGGCUCCGAACCCUAACCACUUGGACUGUGGUGGGCUGUGCAAACAUAGGUGCAGCCUUCACUCAAGGCAGAAUCUGUGCAUGAGGGCCUGUGGAAGUUGCUGUGCGAGGUGCAAGUGUGUGCCUCCAGGGACUUAUGGCAACAGAGAAAUGUGUGGUGAAUGCUACACAAAUAUGACUACCCAUGGCAACAAGCCCAAGUGCCCUUAAUGAAUUUUAGGCCGAAAAACUGGGGCCCGAUUCUUGUUGGAUUCCCCGUCAAAAUUAACUUUAAUUUGGUGGUCAUAUUUUGUCUGGAUUGGAAGAGUGUGUUGUCCUUCUGCUUAUUAUUAUUAUUAUUUUUUUGAGGAAAAUAUGUAUUUUAUUUAAUUA